CCGCUGACCGCACAAACAGCGAAUCCAACAUGGCGUUCAAAAGAGUCGCGGAUGACUUCGACGACUUCAAAAUUCAAAAGAAAAGACGCGUCAACGACCUGCUGCUAGAUGAAAUUCCGAUCGAUGAGGCGAUUAUCACGAAGAACGGAAAGCUUGCAUGUCUUGUGUGUAACCACAGGCCUGUGUUUGAUACGUCAGCUGUGCUAAGUAUCCACAGACAGGGAAAGAAGCAUCUAGCAAAUGUGGCAAUUAAACUUGAGCGUGCCAAGCAAGAUGCUGAAUUGAAGCAGAAAAGAGAGCAUGAAUCCUAUCUAAAAAAUUCUGACAAAUCUGGUACAGAAACUGCUCCACUUUUAGGACUCACAAACAGGAACAAAAUAAUUGCCUUGAAAACCAGGACUUCAUCAUUGGUAGAAGUGGACACAACAAACCAGCAGAAAUAUAAAAACAUGCCUUUUUUCCAGCCACAGAUGCAGUUUAAGGAUUUUAAACCCUCUCUUCAUGUUACAAGUGAGGAUAACAAAAAUAGUAGUGACCAAACUACAACAACAGAGCAAUCGUGCUCAUCCAGUAAAAAUACUGUGCAAGUAAAAAGUGUGGAUACCUUGGAUAAUAAUCUAUCGCAAAACAGAGUACAUUCUCAAGGUUCACAACUAUUGAACACUGGUGCUUUAAGCUCGCCAUGUGCCAGCCCUAGCAAGAAGCUGAGAGCUGAGUAUCUUGUGCGCAUGCGUCAGCAGGGAUGGAUUAUGGGUAAUGAUGGAAAGUGGCGGCGGGACCAGGACGCUGAGUUUGACUCAGACGAGGAGGAACCACCCCAUCCACCAAAUGUCUAGUCAUCCUUCGUAUAACUUAUAAAUUUUAUACUACAAUGAGACCUCCAUAGAGACACCAAAAUGGACCCCAAAAUAUAUUUCCAUUAUAUCUUGCGAGAUAUGCCAAACAAAGACACUUGAGACACCCGUGUAUUA